AUGACCGACAGCACCUUCGCGCUCAAGUCGCCCCGGUUCGACAUCGACGAGGAACCUGGCGACUCACACUCCUCUUCAGGCCAUCGUUGGGUCGGUGCUUUCGAAAGAGUCCUUGGCGAUCGCGAGAGCCUGGCCUCAGAACGUACUUCCAGACCAUCCGUAAAGCAAGUCUCUUCUAUCAACCCUGUUGUCGGUACACGCGACACUCGCUCCUUUUCCUCUCGUGCCGCUGCCUUUGAUGAGCCUGUCAGCGAACCCUCGCGAUCUACCGCCGUGUCCCGUGCCGGAAGUUCGCACUCCAGCGGCCAUGGCUCUCCCUCAAUGCGCAGUAUUCCCCCUUCCGAUCUUGCAUCCAGUCAGCAAGCUUCUCUUACCGACACGAUCACCUCCGAUCAUGCUCAACUUCUGUUUGGCACCGAGACAGCUUCCCAUGGCGCCACCCUUACCCGGUUCCGCACAAACUCGUCCAGCGGCAGCAUCUCGCUCGUUUCCUUACCGCCAUCCUCGGCAGCAUCUACGCACAACGCAUCCUCCAACACUAGCUAUGGGACUUGUCUGCAGCAUCGCACCAAGCCGACUUCCACCUCCCUUCACAUCGUUCCUCCCCAGCUACACGACACAGCCGAGCUCAGAGUGCACUCGCAAGGCCCAGCGCACGUCUCUAUCAAUGUCCAUGAUUGCCUCCGCUUCGAACAGAGCUACAUCAACCACGCUCCCUGCGUUCAUCAUGUCAUGGUCACCAAUCGCAGUUCACAACAUAGUGCGCUCGUCCGUCUCGAAUCCGAUCUGCGUCAAGGCCUCACCUUCAUGCGUCGCAAACGUUCCUCCUCUCUCAACCAAUUCGAGCCUGUCGCAUGGCCCUCCAACACCUUUGCUUGGGCCCAAAAUGGCGGCUUCAUCCCCUCGAACCUCAGAGGUUGGAGGCAUGUCCUCGCCAACCUCGAGAAUGCAGACUCGUUCAUCCUCGACCCACAACAGUCCACCAAAGUCUACGUGGUGCUUCGACCCGUUGACUUUGUCGAGGAAGCCGAAGCAGAGCGUGCCCACACCGGCUGGCCCUACAAGACGCCCACCUCGCCAUCGACACAGGCUGCGCCUAGCAAACACGGCGAACUGCUAGCCUCACCUGCUCCGCCACUCGCCCACUCAGAGCACAGCACAACCACCUCGCCAGUCUCAACGCCAGCUGCCCUUGGCGAUCAGCAAGGCAGCUUCAGUGCUACCGUCUCGGAACACGACAACGCUGCAAGUGGAACCGAGGAGCUCGGUCUGACCUCGCCGCGCUCGGCGCCUGAAAUGCGUGGUCCUCGGCAUUCUUCCAGUUCCCAGCCUGUGCGCUCAUUGCAUCCUGCAUUUGGUCUUCGUGGCACAAUCACUCUCUCUAGCUGGGCCUUACCUUCGACCGACAACCAAGACGAAGCGUCACUCGACACCACAAAUCCUCAUGCUUCCUCGCGGCCUGUAAGCAUCUAUGGCGCUGGCUCGCAGGCAGCAUCCGCAUCCGCAUCCGUUGUCUCGUCUAGUCUUUCUGCACUCCAGUCGCAAGCUGAGGAACGAGAUGUGCAAAAAAUUCGUAUUCCUCUGGCGGCGCAGUGCUGCCGCCCUUUUAUCGACGCUGCCAUCGCCUCCGCUGCUCGUAUCGAGCCCAAUUCAUCGACGCAAACUAGCCAUGGCUCCGCCAUCUACCUUGAUUUCGGUGACGUCAUUGUCGGUCAUUCGCAGUCUCAGACCUUGACGCUGCGCAACCUGUCCGAGAUUGAUUGCUUCUGUCAGGUCAAACUAGAAGAGGCCGACAACAUGCUUCAAACGCCACCCAUCAGCUUGACCCAAGCCGACACCGACGAGAUCGUCCCAUCCGUCUGGGCAGGUGAUCAGGAGUCGGUCUCUUACGAUCCUCUUGUCCUCGCCCGCCUCGAAUCCAAACAGAUCAAGGUCUCGCUCAAGCCACAAGAGCCUUGUCGCGACUACGAGCAGGUCCUCACCAUUACUUCGCUCCACAACACCGCUAAUAGCAUUCGCUUUGUCAUCCGAGCCAACAUGCUGGGUACCGCAAAGGACGACGCACUAUCCGUGCUCUCUGGCGAUUACCUCGACUUUGGCGACUGCUACGGUGGCCACUGGACCAAGCAGCUUCUCGUGCUCAAGAACAAUGCCGACGUGCUUCUCGAUGUCUCUUUUGGAGUGCAAAAGGGCUUCCAAGUCAUGUUUCAGCUCGCAGAGUUGGCGCCGCAGACAGACGAUGAGGCCUUCGAGCAAGAAGAGCUCCCGCCAAGCGCCCAUAUCAGCGAGAUAUCGCUGUCUUCGGCCAGCACCGACGAUCGAAGCUUGAUGUCGUCGCUAGAGGAUAGCGGCAGCGGAGGUUUCGGAGCCGACGGAGCAUCCAGUGCCUACGAACACAGUCGACUGUCGGAUGCCCAAGGCGAGCACGGCGCUACCAACUCUGAGCUCGCCAAGACGCCUACGCAUCACGCACAUGUGCCCAAGGGAUCUGCAGCGUUGGAUCCCCCCGCAUUGCAACUGCCUGCUGCAGACGCUGCCGAUGCUUGCGACUUGCUUCGAGGUCGUAGAGCCAGUAACCAGACGGACGAGGACGGAGUUGAUGCCUCUUCAGUUGCUUCGCAAGCGGGUUCACGAUCCACUUCGCCCGUCCGUCCAGCUACGAAUCUUGCGUCACAGCCAACGGUGGGUGCUCCGCUUGCAUCUUUGGCAGCAGAGUCUGCACAAUCUAGCAAGGCGGAUUCGCCUCAUCUCAACCUGAUGGAUCGCGUGCAUUCCGGCCGUGCGCAGUCGCUCUCCUCAGCAGCCAGCGACUUUGACCGAGCCAGCGUCUCGACCAAUCCACACAGUCAGAUGUCGUCCGCAUUCAUGUCUCGACCUGCUUCGCGCGGCCGCCUUACCGAGUCGGAACGCCACGAUGAUGCCAACUCGGUCCGAUCCGUCCAUACAGCUCUGUCUCAGGACAGUCGCCCAGGUCCAUAUCCUGCUAGUUCGUCCCAUGCAGGUUCUUCAAACGUCUCUGGUCGAAACUCGCAUCGCACCAAUACAGGAGCAGCGAUCUCCGGCUUGCGCAAUGUUGAGCACGCACAAACCAACCAACUGGAAGAGUUGAUGCUUCGACCCGGAGGCGAAUAUCGCGUCUUUGUUUCGUACCGACCGGAGCGCGCUGCAUGGGAUGCCGACUUUACAGGUGGUCGCCUAGUAGAAAAGACGUUCCGCGUUUCGCUUGAUUACUCUCGUGCGCGUCUUGCCAACAUGCGAAGUCGCGGAGGUCGCGAACGUAGGACGAUUGUCUGUCAUAGCCGCACCUGCACCUCUUUCAUCUCGAUCGCGCCCAAGAUGAUCGAUCUGGGUGAAGUGCAGGUCGGCACACGCAAGUCGGCCAACAUCUCGGUCACCAACCGAUCCGAGCUGACCGCGCGCGUCGAUCUUCGCUUCGUCUCCAAGGUGCUCAGCAUGUAUCGAGACGAGGUGGCGAUUCCGGCUCUGCAGACGGUUGAGCUCAAGGUCGAAUCAUUCCCACGCAGAGUCAACGAGACGUACCGCAAGCAGAUCACAGUGGCUAAUUUGCUCAACAGGCAAGGCGAUCAGAUCUUUGAAGUUCGAUCGCGUAAUGUUGACAAGCAACGCAUCAGCUUCCACUCGCUCUUCUACCGCAUUUUGACGCCGACCGGUGCAAACUAUGUCGAUUUCGGCGACGUCGAUAUCAACUCGAUGCGUAUGCGUACGUUUACCAUCGAAAAUGUUUCGGACAAGAAGCUGUCGCUCGAAUUGAGCCCAGCUCAUCCAGAAGACGUCACGCUCUACAUCAAGGCACCGCCCGCCGAUGCAAGCCACGAGAGCAGCCCAAAAUUGGAGGCAAAGGCGGCGGUCUCCAAGUACAGCGAAACGCAGCUCAACGAGCCCCAAGCUUCCAGCGCUGAGACGGCCGAAGGCACCAACCCUGGACGUGUCAACGGCGGCUUGAGCAUGACCAAGUCGAGCAAGCCCUUGAUCAAAGGUGCCGAUCUCAAAGAACGUUUUCUCGAAACGAUUUCAGUUGACUCUCCUACCUCGAUGCGGACCGAGAAUGCGUCUUGGAGGCUCGCGCAAAAGCACAGCCACUAUCGCAAGAAGGAAGAUGGCAGCGCUGUCUCCACACAAAGAAAGACACACGCCUCGGGCAAGUCCAAGCCUAACAUUAACUUGCUCUCAGCGCUCAAGAAGGGCGGCAAAGGAAGGAUCACAGUCGGCUAUGGCAAGACGGUCACUUUUAAAGAUCGAAGUCUGAUCAGCGAAUUUGAGUAUCUUGACCUAGCCACCGGUCCACCUGUCGAUGCCAAGCGCAUCCCUGCCAAGAGCAAGAAGUAUGCGCUUCUGGAGAACAUCACCACGGGUGGUAAGGCCAAGAGUCUCGGUCAGACCACAGGUGCGAAGCACGCUGCGGACGACGACAGCAGCAAUGGCGGAAGCGUCAAAUCCAAGGCAGGCUCAAAAUUCAAAGCGAGCCAGAAUGCCAAGGACAAGGCUACAGAAGUACGUCCUGAACCCGGGUCCCUGUCGCCCAAUGCAACUGCUUCCAAGGUGGCUUCCACUGUACCUCGCCUUCCAUCGCCUUUGGCGAACGACAUUAUUGCGCACAGUGCAUCGCAAUGCCGUACUGUCACCAAGCAUACGCCUCACGCUGGCACUGGAGCUGCGAGCAAGUCGCAGCCUGCAUCGGCAAUUCGCCAUCACGGCAAGAGCUCAAAAGAAGGAAAGACAGGAGAUGCUUCGGCGCGCGUCCACUUCUCCCCUGCAUUGACUGGAAAGCGCAAAGCUCCUCCAGUGCUCUCGAAUCCGGUCGAUGUGUCGCGAAUGUCGAUCGAAGAUCUGCUUGCCGCGGUCGAGGCGCAGACGAGCAUGCUCAGUACCUUUUUCCUCGGCAGUCCUGACGCUGAAGAGCAGUUUGUGCGAGCCGAGAUCAACCUACGUCGUGAGCUGCAGAGCUCCAUCGAUACCGGCAAGCUGAUUCCGCUGGAGGUGCUCGCAGUAGCGCCGCGCUCCGAAGGGCAAGUAAUUGCCAUCUACCAUCCGAGUGGCAGCACAAGGCCUCACAUCCAAGGUACCGCGCGAAAGCAAGACUCGCGCAUCUUUAUGCGACUGAUCGACUUUGAUCUGGGUGUAGUGCAACGGUCCGAAGAGUUUUCUGGUAUGGCCGAACUCGAGGCGGACGAGCUGCCAGUGCGCGAUUUGAUGCUGCGAAGCAACACGUGUCGCAGCUUGCUCGAACUGGGUCAACCUCAUAUCAACUUUGGUCACAUGGAAAAGGGCGACUCCAAGACACGCAAGAUCUUGAUUCAGAAUCGCAGCGAGUGGGCCUUGCGGUACUGUAUCCGCAAGAGCGGCAGCAUUGCCAGCGGCGAUAUCAAACUCAGCAGUGGACGCUACGGCGUGGUGCCUGGAUAUGGCAAGCGCGAAGUCGAGUUUGUUUUUUCGCCGUCCAUGUCUGGUCCUUUCCAAGAAAAGCUGGUGGUAGAGAAUGUGGCCGACCGUGACAACGACCAAACGGUGGUGCUCAAGGCCAACGUGCGCAAGACACCCAACUUCGCAGUCGAUCCGGGUGCAAUCAACUUUGGCGCGUGUACCCCGGGCAAGCUCUCGACCCCUGAAAGCUUUGUGCUGACCAACACCACCGCCAAGUCGCGCUCGUUUGUGAUCGCUAUCGACUCUCACGAUCUGCUCCACCAGCGGUGCUUGAUCGAUGUGGGGCUGAGUACGGCGAGUGACGACCAGGUGAGGGGAACGCUCUCCAAGGAGGAAGAAGAGGAGAUCGAGAAUCUGUCCCAGAAACUCAAGAUCGCUAACAGAAAGGGCAACACGGACAAGGUCAAGAAGUACGAGGAGCGCUUGACUGCUCUAGGAGUCAAAGUGCCUAGUUUGUCUUCUUCGGCGAGCGCAUCGGCCGAUGAUGCGCCACCGGUGGUGAGCUCGAGCGAGAACGCAGCUGCCAACUCUGUGCAAGUGGAUGGCGAGACUGGCAAGCAAGAGGAUUCGAGAAGGGCGACAGAGGGCGAACCUGCGGCCAACGCUGCUGCUACCGUUAGCAGUGCUGCGACGGCCGGGAUCGACAGAGCUAAAGAGCUCAAACGAAUCUCGUCCACAGUCACAUGCUCUCUCAGUCCCAACCAAAGCAUACGCCUCAUCCUCCGCGUUCGCCCUAGCGCCGUUCAGUCUGCCAUCCCAUCCAACACUUCGGAUCCAGCCGACCGUCGCACACAAGACAAGUCCGGGAUGGAAGAGGUCUCGGUACCUGUCAAAGUGCACGAAGUCAAAAAUCAGGACGAAACCAAGACCGUGGUGCUCAUGGCUACGGUUGAGUUCGAUUUACCAAAGUGCGGGAGUGACGAUCAGGAGGUGUUUCCUGCAGAUGCGGUCAUUUUCAGCUCUUCAGAGUGA